CCAGAUAUCGAAAAUAUCGAGUUAAUUGAUAAGUAAAACAUUUAGAAAGUAAGUACAAACGAAAAUGUUGAUCAAAGACAUUUUCAUUGAGUUGCGCUCGCGAUUGCGGAGCUGUAACGUUUUUAUUACAACUGGAAUCGAUUUUACCAAGAAUUGUAAUUUGAAAAUUAGUAUACAAGCUAAUUGUAUCGUCCUGAAUUAUUAUAACGACGAUUAUGAUAGGAGCAAGAGGAGGGACAGCCUCUCCUCCAUAGAGAGUCUGUCGGACUGUUAUUCUGAAGACGAGUGUGACGUCAGCUGCGUCAUCCCCGUGCGCCAGUACUGCCAGAUCAUACCCAACUCUAUGUCCUGUCUCAAGAUAGAUAAAAGUACAAUAUCGUUUAGACUACUGACUGAGCCCAAAAAUGGUGGCAAUUUUUACAAAGAAUUGUUAACAACAAAUAAUUUUGAUAGUUCUACCAAAGGUAACGUUUUAAAAUUGAAUGUUGAUGUAGGCGAGAACACCAAGAUAACGUGUUCUAACUGCUCCAAUGUGAUUUCUGGGAACAGUUUGAAGUUCGACAGAAUCUUGGAGCUGCCGACUGCGAACCUGGACAUGUCGGAGUGGUUCUGCCACGGUCACGGCCACGGAGACUGUGCCCCAACAAACGGCGUACUGACGCCAAACAAAAGUGAUUUUCUAUAUAGACUGACAUUUUUCGUCAUCAACAAUAGUGUAUUAUCCGAAAAGACUAACAAAUUCAACUCUAAAAGAGAAGUGUACCAUUGCAACCGAUGCUUAGCGUGGCUAGGCCUCAAAAACAAAGACACCGUCAAACUGUUCAACUCAGAAGUGAAAAUACAGCAGAACGACAGUGAACACUUGGUAUUUACUCACAAAACUCCGGAAGAUAUUCACACAGAUGAUUUUAUAUACACCAUAGAGUACAUGACGAGAGAGUUCAACCUUGGCUUCCAAUACACUGUGAUGUGUAAAAUAGUACUAGAAUGCACAAUAUCUACCGCUAAGAAACAAUAUCUACUCAUAUGGGUGAUGGACAAAGAAUUGCAAGUGUUAAGGAAUGAUGUAGACACUAUUAUGAAUGAUAAAAUUGAACUGCAGUCAACAUCCGUCACCAAAAUACUCUUCAAAGUCGAAUUUUGUUUGAAUGAUGAGGUUGAGUCUUGGUUGUCAGACCCUGCAGUGGUCUCCACAGACAUUUCUAAAGGCAUGUUCAGUAACGGACUGGCGCACUUACAGAAAAUGUCACUAAAAGUACCCGAACCAUUCAGAAACACUAAUGGAUACUGUGUAAGCUAUCUCAAAGUUUAGUCCAAUAAAUCUGCAAGGAAA